ACGGCAUUUUUUUUCUUGCUCCACUAAAGCUGCUGCUUGCGGAGGUUUAAUGAUUUUUAUGAUUGGGGGGAGGGGGGAUUAUGUUAGGUGCUAGAUGUGAGAGCUCAUCGGGUAUGUGAAAGCAGGCCCAAUGUCAUGGAUAAAGGGAAUGAUGGCUCCAUGGCGUGAGAGGGUCAGGACAUCGUAAUGCCUGCACUUGUCGACGGAAGGGGAUUAAUAAAGCCGGCGAUCGAGGAGCAGAUCGGGAGUAGUUCGCGAGAGUUCCCGUCGGGCUUGUUGCCCAACGGCCGUGGCACCAACCGCGAAGCUCAUGAGGGUCCCCGUGCUGGGAAAAGAAAACGCAUCGACUAAAGCAGUGAUGACGGGAGCUGACCAGCUCGACUGGCUCGAAGACAUCUCGUUUCGACAUUGGCAUCGCUAUUAGCUCCCUGCACCCGCGCUGCCCGUUCGUCCCGUCGCUCCUUUUUGUUGUUUG